AUGGGAGCUACCCUUCGCCCCCCGGCUACCUGUCGCCCCCGGCUACCUGUCGCCCCCCGGGUACCUGUCGCCCCCGACUACCUGUCGCCCCCGACUACCUGUCACCCCCGGCUACCUGUCACACCCCUGACUACCUGUCGCCCCCGGCUACCUGUCGCCCCCCGACUACCUGUCACCCCCGGCUACCUGUCACAUCCCCCGACUACCUGUCACACCCCGGCUACCUGUCACACCCCGACUACCUGUCACACCCCGACUACCUGUCACACCCCCAGCUACCUGUCUCCCCCCCGGCUACCUGUCGCUCCCCCUCGACUACCUGUCACACCCCGGCUACCUGUCCCCCCUCGACUACCUGUCACACCCCGACUACCUGUCACCCCCCCCGACUACCUGUCGCCCCCACCCCCGGCUACCUGUCGCUCCCCGACUACCUGUCGCCCCCGGCAACCUGUCGCCCCCGACUACCUGUUGCCCCCGGCAACCUGUCACCCCCGGCUACCUGUCACACCCCCGACUACCUGUCACACCCCCGACUACCUGUCACACCCCGACUACCUGUCACACCCCGGCUACCUGUCACACCCCGACUACCUGUCACACCCCCAGCUACCUGUCUACCCCCCGGCUACCUGUCACCCCCUCGACUACCUGUCACACCCCGGCUACCUGUCGCCCCCGACUACCUGUCGCCCCCGGCUACUUGUCGCCCCUCCCCCGACUACCUGUCACACCCCGGCUACCUGUCACCCCCCGGCUACCUGUCACACCCCCGACUACCUGUCACACCCCGACUACCUGUCACACCCCGACUACCUGUCACACCCCGGCUACCUGUCACACCCCGACUACCUGUCACACCCCGGCUACCUGUCGCCCCCCCUCGACUACCUGUCACACCCCGACUACCUGUCGCCCCCCCCCGCUACCUGCCGCCCCCGACUACCUGUCGCCCCCGACUACCUGUCGCCCCCGGCUACCUGUCGCACCCCGACUACCUGUCGCCCCCGGCUACCUGUCGCCCCCGGCUACCUGUCGCACCCCGACUACCUGUCACACCCCGACUACCUGUCACACCCCGACUACCUGUCACACCCCGGCUACCUGUCACACCCCGGCUACCUGUCACACCCCGGCUACCUGUCACACCACAGCUACCUGUCACACCCCGACUACCUGUCGCACCCCGGCUGCAUGUCGCACCCCGGCUACCUGUCGCCCCCGCGGCUACCUGUCGCCCCCCCGAAGAGAGAAGAUAGAUUGAGACACUGCUGUAGUGUCUGA